UUUUUAGGAGGCUCGUGCGGGUCUGUCUGUGUGUCAGUCAUCAUGAAGAGGCUGCUGAGGCAGCUCGGGACUCUUCAUCCUCCUCCUCCUCCUCAGCGCUCUGCGGGGAUCAUAGGAGCACCUUUCUGCAGAGGACAGCUUCGAGGCGGAGGGGACCAGGGACCCGACCGGAUCCGGGCCGCGGGCCUGCUGACCCGCCUGACCGAGACAGGCUGUGCAGUGAAGGAUUAUGGGAACCUGGCGUUUGAGGACGUGGUGGACGACCAGCCGGUGGGCCUGGUGAAACGGGCGCGGGCGGUGGGCGCCGCCAACCAGAGGCUGUCUGAGGCCGUGCACGCCGUGAAGAAGGACGGACACACCGCCGUGAUGCUGGGAGGAGACCACAGUCUGGCCAUCGGCUCCAUUCACGGUCACGCGGCGGCGGUGGGAGAUCUGAGCGUCGUGUGGGUCGACGCCCAUGCCGACAUCAACACGCCGCUGAGCUCGUACACCGGAAACAUCCACGGGCAGCCCGUCUCCUACCUCCUCCACGAGCUGCACUCUAAGAUUCCCGUCCUUCCAAACUUCUCGUGGAUCAAGCCGUGCGUGUCGGCCAGAGAUCUGGUCUACAUCGGACUGAGAGACGUCGAUCCAGCAGAGCAUUACAUCCUGAAGCUUCUGGGCGUGAAGGUGUUUUCCAUGUCAGAGCUGGAUCAUCUCGGUGUAGCCAGAGUCAUGGAGGAGACCUGCGACUACCUCACGGCCAAAGUGAAGAAACCGAUCCACCUGAGCUACGACAUCGAUGCCAUCGACCCGUCUGUUACCCCGGCGACGGGGACACCUGUAGUCGGGGGGCUCACCUACAGAGAGGGAGUCUACAUCGCCGAACACAUCGGUCAGACCGGUCUCCUGUCGGCGGUGGACAUGGUGGAGGUGAAUCCUCUGAGGGGUCAGACCGAGGAGGACGUCCGGUCCACGGUCAGCACGGCGGUGGAUCUGCUGCUCGGCUGUUUCGGACGCCUCCGUGGUGGAAACCACGCGCCGGAUUACCGCCUGCCGGAGCCUUGACCUUGGGGGGACGCUGGCUUCUCCUACUGUCCCGAUGGACACCUGAACGUCUCAGGAACUAAAAGGACAAUCACAUUAAACUCCCGUUGUCAGUGAAGUGCACGCUCACCGAACCAAAGAAACAGCGAUGUUCCUGUGAACAGAGCGCUCACUCUCUCUCUUCUGCUCAGGACUCAGCUUUGAUUUAAAAUCAAAUCAUUUAUUGAUUCAUCUGCUGUAUUUGUGUUUAAUAAAUAAUCGAUGGACAAAAUG